AUGGCCCCGAGAUUCAAAAAACCGCUCCGAGAUCCCGGAAAACCGCUCCGAGAUCCCGGAAACCGCUCUGAGAUCCAGGAAAACCGCUCUGAGAUCCCCAAAAAAUGGCACCAAGACGCACUCAAAUGGCACCGAGAUCCCCGAAACCGCUCCGAGAUCCAGGAAAACCGCUCCGAGAUCCCAAAAAAUGGCACCAAGACGCACUCAAAUGAUCCCGGAAAACCGCUCCGAGAUCCCGGAAAACCGCUCCGAGAUCCCGGAAAACCGCUCCGAGAUCCCGGAAAACCGCUCCGAGAUCCCGGAAAACCGCUCCGAGAUCCCGGAAAACCGCUCCGAGAUCCCGGAAAACCGCUCCGAGAUCCCAAAAAAUGGCACCAAGAUGCACUCAAAUGGCACCGAGAUCCAGGAAAACCGCUCCGAGAUCCCAAAAAUGGCACCAAGAUCCAGGAAAACCACUCCGAGAUCCUGAAAAAUGGCACCGAGAUCCAGGAAACCACCCCAAGAUUCAGGAAAUCCCUCCAAGAUCCAGGAAAACUGCUCCGAGAUCCUGAAAAAUGGCACCGAGAUGCCCCCAAAUGUCCCCAACAUCUGGAAAACCGCUCCGAGAUCCCGAAAAAUACUCUCCUGGAGAUCCAGCAAAAUCUCCUUGAGAUCCCACGAAACCUCCCAGAUAUCCAUGGAAACCCACCUGGAUCCGGCAAAAGCUCCUGGAAAUCCAUCCAAUUCUACCCGAAUCCACUCGAACUUCCUGGAGAUCCAUCGGAACUCGCCCGGAUCUAUCCGACCCCCCGCCGGGAUCCAUCCAAACCCAGAGGAUCCAUCCGGGAUCCCCCAGGAUACGCUGGGAUCAACGUCCACGAAACCUCCCAGAUAUCCAUGGAAACCCACCUGGAUCCGGCAAAAGCUCCUGGAAAUCCAUCCAAUUCUACCCGAAUCCACUCGAACUUCCUGGAGAUCCAUCGGAACUCGCCCGGAUCUAUCCGACCCCCCGCCGGGAUCCAUCCAAACCCAGAGGAUCCAUCCGGGAUCCCCCAGGAUACGCUGGGAUCAACGUGGAAUUGA